CGCGCCGGCCGUGGCCGCGGGGUGGGGGGGUUGGAAAAAUGACUCAGUAAGUUCGGUGCGCCCGCUCCGGCCGGCCCGCGCCUCCGCCGCGCCCGGGAUGUAUUCGUCCCCGCUCUGCCUGACCCAGGAUGAGUUCCACCCGUUCAUCGAGGCCCUGCUGCCUCACGUGCGCGCCUUCGCCUACACCUGGUUCAACCUGCAGGCGCGGAAGCGCAAGUACUUCAAGAAGCACGAGAAGCGGAUGUCGAAGGACGAGGAGCGGGCGGUGAAGGACGAGCUGCUGGGCGAGAAGCCCGAGGUCAAGCAGAAGUGGGCGUCGCGGCUGCUGGCCAAGCUGCGCAAGGACAUCCGGCCCGAGUGCCGCGAGGACUUCGUGCUGGCCAUCACCGGCAAGAAGGCGCCGGGCUGCGUGCUCUCCAACCCCGACCAGAAGGGCAAGAUGCGGCGCAUCGACUGCCUGCGCCAGGCCGACAAGGUGUGGCGGCUGGACCUGGUCAUGGUCAUCCUGUUCAAGGGCAUCCCGCUCGAGAGCACCGACGGCGAGCGCCUGGUGAAGGCGGCGCAGUGCGGCCACCCGGUGCUGUGCGUGCAGCCGCACCACAUCGGCGUGGCCGUGAAGGAGCUGGACCUCUACCUGGCCUACUUCGUGCGCGAGCGAGACGCGGAGCAGAGCGGCAGCCCCCGGGCGGGGAUGGGCGCGGACCAGGAGGACAGGCGGCAGGCGGGGCGCUUGGGUUUCCAGGAGAGCUUUGUCACCUCCGGCGUGUUCAGUGUCACUGAGCUCAUCCAAGUGUCCCGGACACCUGUGGUGACUGGAACAGGACCCAACUUCUCCCUGGGGGAGCUGCAGGGACACUUGGCGUACGACCUGAAUCCAGCCAGCACCGGCAUGAGAAGAACACUACCCAGCACCUCCUCCAGCGGCAAGCGGCACAAAUCGGGCUCGAUGGAGGAAGAUGUGGACACGAGCCCCGGCGGCGAUUACUACACCUCGCCCAGCUCUCCCACGAGUAGCAGCCGCAACUGGACAGAGGACAUGGAAGGAGGCAUCUCGUCCCCGGUGAAGAAGACAGAGAUGGACAAGUCGCCGUUCAACAGCCCGUCCCCCCAGGACUCCCCCCGCCUGUCCAGCUUCACCCAGCACCACCGGCCCGUCAUCGCCGUGCACAGCGGGAUCGCCCGGAGUCCCCACCCGUCCUCGGCCCUGCACUUCCCCACAACGUCCAUCCUGCCCCAGACGGCGUCCACCUACUUCCCCCACACGGCCAUCCGCUACCCGCCUCAUCUCAACCCCCAGGACCCGCUCAAAGAUCUCGUCUCGCUGGCCUGCGACCCGGCCAGCCAGCAGCCGGGACCGUUAAGUGGAAGUGGUCAGCUCAAAAUGUCCAGCCACUGCCUUUCCGCACAGACGCUGGCGCCUCCGCCCCCGGGGCUGUCUCGGCUGGCGCCGCCCCCUGCCACCAAACCCACCGCCGCCUCCGAGGCUGGAGCCGCGUCACAGACCUUGGCCAGUAAGCACGUGGGAAGGGGUGCCCCGCGGGGACGUCCCCAGGGCCCCGCCCCUUCCCAGCCCACUGCCGCGCUCAGAGGUCAGGCCCGGCCGGCGGGAGCCGGCCAGUUGGUGGGUCUGCGGAGACGGCCGGGGCCACGUGGUCCAGCCGGCGUGGGGCCACCGGGACGGCAGGCCCGGCCACAGGCCAAGGUGAGGGCGGGGUCUGCCCCUUCACCCCGUGGCCUGCGGCCUCUGGAAGUCCCCGCGUGGCAGUCGACUAAGGCCUCCAACUGGUGGCCCGAGGGCCAGCCCCAGAUAGCCUUUGUUUGCGGAAAGUGAGAUUCUGUUGUUGCCGUUUUGAGAUCGGGAUGUUGCACAUGAAGACGUGCAGAGCUCUGGCUUCUGCGGGCGCAGAGCGCGCCACGCCGGGCCCCGAGUGCCUUCGCGCCACGUGGGCUGGGACCGUCCUCGCCC